GUCCGGGCAAGCACUGCUAUCGAGUAGGUGGCAUCGUGGUGGUGGUGGUGGUGGUAGUGGUGGAGGUGGUGGUGUUAGGCGUCGUCCGGGACCGAGGAGAAAGAGAGAGAGAGAGAGAAAGAGAGAGAUUCCUCCGAAAGAGAGAGAACCGCCAUCGAAUACCGCUGCCGCCGCCGUCGUCAUCAUCGUCAUCGUAGUCGCGGUCGCUGUUGUUGCCAUCUUCGUUGUCAUCUUCGUGCUCUUCGUUACCGUCGUGCUGCUGCCGUCGAGGCGGUGCGUCACCGUCGCGCGCUCGAUGCCGAAGCGGCGACAUCUGUUCCCGUGCGUUGCCUCCGCCACGCACCUGGCCGCGGAUUACCCGGAAAUCAGCGAUCGCCCGUCCCCGUCCACCGAGGAAACCCGCCCCCUACGGCGUAUGUAAAAGGGACGAGAGGCCGAGCAGCCGAGAGGAAUCGCGCGCGAUGAUUCUGCGCGGUUUAGGACUGUUUCGUGAGUGCGAGUGAGAUGGGCGAACUGAUAGAGUGAAUACGCACUCACAGGUGUACACGCAUACACGCGUGCGACGCGCGUGCGUGUCGGACCGCCGUCAUCGGUGAGAACGACAGGAUUGUUUGGAGAAAAAGAGCAGCGAGAAUCGCCGAGUUGUGAUGUUGGACCUCGCGGCACCGCCGGGUUCCUCGUGGUGAUCAAGUGCUCUGCUACGUAUACAGUGCGUUUGCGAGGGGAAGAGAAAGAGAAAGACAAAAGAAGAAAGAGAGAGACAGAGAGGAACGGCGCGCCGGAACCGACGGUCGCGAGUGUGCGACGCGAUCGGAGUCACGAGGCGACCCGGAAUAACGAUAUAAUAGCAAGCCCGCCGGCCGUAUGUGAGUGUGUAUUCGCCGCUUGGAACACGAGGAACGUGUCGAGAACAGGGGUUCCCGAGUCCAGAGUGACGUCGGGGGGGCGUGCAGAGCUGACUUUGUCCCCCCGACCCCUGCGCCUAUAAUCGGCACCCUUGAAGGCUCGCCGCGGUGCCGAGGAGAGGAUCGCUCGCCGAUUUUGCGGUGUGGUCUAGGCCUGGGAGAGGCUCAAGGAAGAAGCCACCUCCGCCACAAUCGCCGGACAGCGCGGAAGAGGAGGAGGAGGAGGUGGUGGAGGAGGAGGAGGAGGUGGUGGGAGGAAGGGUGGCGCGACGGAGUCCAUAGUGUGGAAGUAGAGUAGGCAUGUUGUCAGUCUUCCCGACAACAACGACGGGGACGAUGAGGGUGGCGCGAUUGGUGGUAUCGCGGCCGCGUCGACGAUGCUGGUGUCGUCUGUCACUGCCGCUGAUGCUGAUUCUCAUGCUAUCGCUAUCGUUGCCGAUAACGCGCUCGUUACCGGCCGAUAUAGUACAGAAAUUCCACGAUCCAGAAGUGGAACGCAUGAACCACCUGGUAGUGGACAAGAACACAGGCCGGGUGUACGUAGGCGCAGUUAAUCGUCUCUAUCAGCUGUCACCGGACUUGCUGCUGGUCGUAAAGGAGGUCACCGGACCUAAGGGCGAUUCCACAGCGUGCUCGAUGCUAGACUGCCCCCGUGAGGCGCAAAAGCGGCCAGUCGACAACGUAAACAAGGCCCUGGUGAUCGAUUACACCACUACGCGGCUCAUCUCCUGCGGCAGCUUAUUCCAAGGCAUGUGCACGGUGCGCAAUCUGCACAACAUAUCGGACGUGGUGCAGGAAGUGAAGGAAGCGGUGGUGGCAAAUAACGCCACCGCGUCGACGGUCGCGUUUAUCGCACCUGGUCCGCCAAAUCCACCGGUCUCUCAGGUCAUGUACGUCGGAGUGACCUUCACGGGCAAUUCACCCUAUCGCUCGGAAGUGCCGGCGGUGAGCUCGCGUUCCCUCGACAAGGACAAGAUGUUGAACAUCGCAGAAGCUGCAGUGACAACCGGUACGCGAAUGUACGUGAACUCUUUGUCGCGCGAACGUUAUCCUAUUAACUACAUUUACGGCUUCAGCAGCGGUGGGUUUAGUUAUUUCCUUACUACGCAAAUGAAAAAUACGGAGACGCCGAUCUAUCUGUCAAAAUUGGUCCGCGUGUGCCAGGACGACGAGCAUUAUUAUUCGUAUACGGAGAUACCGAUUAAUUGCACAAGUGACGAGCGUAUUUACAAUCUGGUGCAAGCCGCCUACGUCGGCAAGGCCGGUUCGGUACUCGCCGGCGACCUGGGCAUCACCGCUCAGGACGACGUGCUCUUCGCUGUGUUCGCCGAGAGCGACGGGCCCAACAGUGACGUGCCGCGACCGCACUCAGCUUUGUGCGUGUACUCGCUUAAGGCGAUUCGCCGCAAGUUCAUGAGCAAUAUACAGAGAUGUUUCAGCGGCGAGGGACAACGGGGCCUGGAAUUCAUCUCGCCGAGCCACAAAUGCAUAUCAACGAAAUUGCAAACGAUUGGCGAAGACUUUUGCGGCCUCGAUGUGAAUACGCCUUUAGGUGGCGAAGAGCCGAUGGGUGCGACUGCAGUUUUGACAUUCGAGACUCACUUGACGGCUGUGGCGGCCACUUCGACCGGUGAUUAUACUGUGGUCUUCGUGGGCACCAAUAAAGGACACCUCAAGAAGGUGGUAGUAGAGAGCUCGACGCUGGCAUUGGAGUACGGUGAUCUUGAGAUCGAUCCUGGUUCUCCAGUGAACCCGGAUCUGCUAUUCGAUUCGCAACUGAUGCAUCUUUACGUGCUGACGGAGAAGAAGGUCUCAAAGGUCAAGGUGCAGGAGUGUUCGGUUUACAAGACGUGCUGGGACUGUCUGGGCGCAAAAGAUCCAUAUUGUGGCUGGUGCUCGUUGGAAAACAAGUGCAAUCUGCGCAGCGACUGUCAGGACGCGGCUAAAGAUCCACUCUACUGGAUCUCCUACAAGAGUGGUAGAUGCACAACGAUCACCACUGUCACGCCAGACCAACUGCAACGCACCACUGCCAGGACUCUCGAGCUCGUCAUCGAGAACCUGCCGACGCUGUCCGGGCAGUUUCUGUGCGCAUUUUCCGCCCUCGACAAGACUCUGAUCACGAAUGCUUCGCGAAAGUCCUACGGUGUGAACUGUACCACACCGAGAACCGAUUUAUUGCCAUCGAUACCGCCGGGCCGACACCAUUUCACGGCCAAACUGUCGGUUCGGAUGACAAACGGGCCCGAUUUGGUAGCGACAAAUUUCACUUUCUUCGAUUGCAACACGUACAGUUCCUGCACACAAUGCGUAUCAUCGAGCUUUCCAUGUGACUGGUGUGUUGACGGUCAUCGGUGCACACACGAUACGGCGGAGAAUUGUCGGAACGACAUUCUUGUCACGGGAGUUAGCAGAAUGGGACCAAGCUAUAGGAGUGGGCCAGGUUUUUGUCCCACUAUAAAUGCCACCGAAUCUCAAGAGAUCCUCGUGUCUUCCGGUAUAAAAAAAGCGAUACGAGUUAAAGUGCAUAUCAUUGGGCAAUUCAUCAUACAGACGCGGUUCGUGUGCCAAUUCAACAUUGAGGGUCGCGUGACGAGCGUAAAUGCGCGUUUGCUAGCUGACACGAUCUACUGCGAGGAAACGGAAUUCUCUUAUACCUCUCGCGCGCCGAAUAUCACGGUACCUUUCGCAGUAAUCUGGGGCGGCUCCAAACCUUUGGAUAAUCCAGACAAUAUACACCUUGUGAUAUACCGUUGCCGCGAUAUGGCAGACAACUGCGGCAUGUGCUUGGCUCUGCCAACAAAGUACGGAUGUGGCUGGUGCCAGAGCUCAGACAGAUGCGAGGUGAAGGAUCAGUGCGACCGCGGCACUGGCAUGUGGCUGAACAGCAACCAGACCUGCCCAAAUCCGGAGAUAAAAUCAUUCGAGCCGGUAAUGGGCCCCUGGGAAGGCAACACAAACGUGACGAUUCGCGGUAUCAAUCUUGGCAAGACAUUCAAGGACAUAGUUGGGGGCGUUACCGUAGCCGGUAUGCGAUGUCUACCGUAUGAGGAACUUUAUAUUCGAACGAAGCAAAUCGUUUGCCGAGUCGAUGGACCUGGCACGCAGGAAGGCAGGAGUGGACCUGUCAUCGUCAAGAUCGAAGACUUCCGCGGCGAAUCAGACUAUAAUUUCGAAUUUGUGGAUCCACAGAUUAUCUCAAUAUCACCCAAGUACGGACCUUUGAGCGGUGGUACUACUAUCAAGAUCACCGGUAAUUAUAUGAACGCCGGCAGCACUAUCCAUGCUGAUAUUGACGAUCUUCCCUGCUCUAUAAUAAGUGCCGAACCUAACGAGGCUCUUUGCAUGACGAGUCCAAGCGAUCAAAAGCGAAAUGGCUUGCUGAAGAUGUCUUUUGACGGUGGCAAACGUUUAUAUGAUGGCCACUUUGAAUAUGUCGACGAUCCAACAAUUGAGAGCGUGGAGAGCGGCGUGGCCGGUCAAAUGAAGGUCCCAAAGGGAAUUCCAGCGGGUGGAAUAAAGAUCUCAGUGACCGGCAAGAAUCUCGGUUACAUACAAAGUCCACAAAUGUAUGUCUACUAUGAUGAGAAGAUGUUCGUAUCGCAAUGCGAGGUGCACAGUCAGGAGAACAUGGUGUGCAAGUCACCGACCAUCGAAGUACCCGAACACAUAAUAUUGGAUGCCGAACGUCCGCUUUCUCUCGAAUAUGGUUUCCGCAUGGACAAUGUUACCGGCGUGCAGAAUCUCUCGCAGCACGGCUUUAAUCACUUUCUUCUAUAUCCAAAUCCGAUCUAUGAAGUCUUCGAUGAGGAAGUCAAAUAUUAUAAGAGUGAUUAUCUGACGAUCAAUGGUCAACAUCUCGAUCGUGCCUGCCAAGAGUCCGAUGUGGUUGUGCAAAUCGGUAACGCUUUUUGCAAUGUCACAUCUUUAUCACGGCAACAACUCACCUGCCGACCACCCUUAACGCAACCACCAGCCAUUGAUGCCCAAGGUCUGCCCAAUAAACAAGAAUUGCCGGAGGUGGUGUUAAUAGUGGGCGGUACGCUUCAUUAUAACAUUGGCAAGCUUAGCUACGCACUGCCAGCUGGAUUGAACGGGCCGUUGUCGAAACCCGCGCUCAUAGGCGUGAUCGUAGCCAUUGUGAUCUUAGUAGUCGUAUUCAUAGCGUUCCUUAUCGCUUAUCGCCGAAAAUCUACGGAGAGCAAUCGUGUGUUGAAAAAUAUGCAGGAGCAGAUGGAUAUUCUCGAGUUACGAGUCGCUGCUGAGUGUAAGGAGGCUUUUGCCGAACUACAGACAGAAAUGACUGAUCUCACAGGAGACCUUACUAGUGGUGGCAUACCCUUCCUUGAUUACCGCACUUAUGCGAUGAUGAUAUUAUUCCCCAGCGACGAUAAUAGUCCGGUACUGCAGUGGGAUAGGCCAGAACUUGUACGAAAGGAGAAAGGAUUGCGCUUAUUCGGUCAACUGAUAAUGAAUAAGACUUUCUUAUUACUGUUCGUACGAACGCUCGAGAGCAAUCGUUAUUUCUCGAUGAGAGAUCGAGUUAACGUUGCCAGCCUGAUUAUGGUUACGCUGCAGAGCAAAAUGGAAUAUUGCACAGACAUCCUAAAAACUUUGUUGGCGGAUCUUAUUGAGAAGUGCACUGAAGGCAAAAGCCAUCCAAAAUUAUUUCUUAGGAGGACUGAGAGCGUUGCUGAGAAGAUGUUGUCUGCUUGGUUCACAUUUCUCUUGUACAAAUUUAUGAGAGAAUGCGCCGGUGAACCAUUGUACGUAUUGUUUCGCGCUGUAAAACAGCAGGUCGAUAAGGGUCCUGUCGAUGCGAUUACUUCAGAAGCACGAUAUUCUUUAUCCGAAGAAAAAUUGAUUCGACAAUCCAUCGACUUCAAGCCAAUGACGGUUUAUGUUUCGAUAUCUCAACAAACCGUGUUUGUUGGCGGAAUGGAUCCUAACACGGAGAACGUGCCAGUCAAGGUCCUUGACUGCGACACAAUAUCUCAAGUGAAGGAAAAAGCGUUGGAUACGAUCUACCGAGCGACUCCGUAUAGUCAAAGACCUCGAAAGGAGGAUCUUGAUCUUGAAUGGCGAACUGGCGCGUCCGGUAGAUUAAUUCUCUACGACGAAGAUUCGACAACGAAGACAGAAGGCGAGUGGAAGAAGAGAAACACUUUGAAUCAUUACAGGGUACCGGAUGGAGCAUCACUCAACUUAGUCUCCAAACAAUCGUCUAUAUACAACCUUUCAAUUCUGUCAGAGAAGACAGACAAAUCGCACAAAUACGAAACUUUGAAUCUUAGCAAGUUCAGUUCGGCAAGUCCUCCUCUCUCUCGCGCCACUUCUCCGCUUAAUCAAAAUAUUGAAGCUGGUAUGAAGAUUUGGCAUCUUGUUAAGCACCAUGAUUCUGACGCGCGAAAGGAGGGAGAUCGCGGAAAUAAAAUGGUCUCAGAGAUCUAUUUGACGAGGUUACUGGCAACAAAGGGUACUCUCCAGAAAUUCGUCGACGAUCUGUUCGAGACAAUAUUCAGCACUGCCCAUCGAGGCUCGGCGCUACCUCUCGCCAUCAAGUACAUGUUCGAUUUCAUGGAUGACCAAGCUCUGCAACACGGCAUAUCCGAUCCGGAAGUGGUCCACACGUGGAAGAGCAAUUCCCUUCCCCUUAGGUUUUGGGUUAAUCUCAUAAAAAAUCCGAAUUUUAUUUUCGAUAUACACAAGUCUAACAUUGUGGACUCGUGUUUGUCCGUCGUGGCGCAGACAUUUAUGGAUAGCUGCUCAACGUCGGAUCAUAGAUUAGGUAAAGACUCUCCGAGUUCGAAACUAUUAUACGCGAAGGACAUUCCAGUGUACAAAGAGUGGGUAGAGCGUUACUACUCAGAUAUUAAAGUCAUGCCAGCCAUAUCCGAUCAAGACAUGAAUGCCAUGCUUGCCGAAGAGUCGAGGUUGCACACAACGGAGUUUAACACGAACUGUGCUUUAUACGAACUGUAUACAUACGCGGGUAAAUACAACGAACAACUAAUAGUCACGCUCGAGGAGGACGAGUUCUCGCAGAAGCAGAGACUGGCGUACAAGCUGGAGCAAGUGCACAAUAUAAUGGCGGCGGACAAUCCCUGAUGCAUGACCAUGAAUUCCAUGAAACACAUGACGAAAUCUGCUCGUCAAGAGUUACCCUGCUGAGCGGUCAAUCGCGGUCCGAUGUAAUUAUCAACGACACGAACGAGGGGAACUGGCCUACCUUGAAAUCAAUAAUCUCAGGUUCCGUGCAAAAGCCAGUUUUCUCAGCUUAACGCGAAUCGCGAGUGAACUUUGGAGUUAUUCCAGACAAGGGGGCUAAAAGCGUCGCGAGUUAACUGGGAAUUAAUUAAAGGACUAAGUGUUAAAAGUAUGUGUCGAGGAAGUCUUCUCAGAGGUCGCCAGUUCGUAGGUGUGGCCAUAAUCAUAAGCACAUUGCCGCGUGCGCGUAUAAUUGUAUAUAAGAUAUCAAAAAUCAUGAAUAAUUGUAAUAGGAUAUUAAAUGUACGAUCACCCCUCGACUUGACGGUCGAGUCGAGUGCAAAAGCGGGGCGAGAGCGUUUCUCUCGCCGCGCGGUGAUCGCACGCCCGUUUGCACCGCGAGUGAUUUUAAAAAUGAAUGUAAUAAUGUGAAACACGCUAGUGAUAAGAGAGGCGCGAGUGAGGGAAUCAGCCGCGAUAUCGAUCGAUAAUUUGUAAAUGUGUUUAAAAAAAAUAAUACGGUCGAUUGCCGGUGCCGUGAUCUCGGUGAUCUGGCGAUUUUUAACGAAGAAACAUUUCCAUCCACCGCUACUCUAGCUGAAAUUUUUUGAACUGACGAAUUUUAAGAGAUAAUGAUAAUUAUCGAUAACGAUGAAAUAAUUAAACGAUAUGGAUAUAUUAUAUAUGUAUGGAUGGUAUGUCGUAUGUAUAUGUGUACAUAUAUACACUUUAUACUGGCGCAAGCAUGCCUGUGUGUGCGUGUGCGUAUAUCUAGUAUCCGAUGAGGAGGCGCGCGUGCGAGCAGGUAGGACGGUAUUCCGCGCCGAGUUAUUUUGCCAUAACUUUAUCACACAAAACGAGACUUAAGGAAGUCUCACUUGCUCACACGCUUAUAAGCGCGCUGUCGCACGCUCCAUAACUCGGCAGCGCCGUACCGCACGCACGUGCGUAUUUAAUAUGGUGUAUUACGUAUACUUACACGGCGCUCGAGAAGGGAAGGAAGAAGGGAGGGAAAAAUAAGUCAUCCGCGCAACGGAGACAGACUGUGUAUUAGUUAGUAAGUAAUUAAUCUAUGGACUAUGGCCGCGCGCGAGGCCAGCUCGAUGUGACGGUUGUGUUGAGUGUGCGUGCUUCCCCCCUCCUUGGUCUCCGCGACUCAUUGUUCCAUUUCGCCAUUUAAUCGUUCAUUCCUAUCGUCGUGCAUCCAUCACCGAUGUCAUCGUCGCUAUUCCAUAAUCAUCGAUAACCCCUAUCCUUUUCCUCCCUUAUCCUUAUGUCCAUCGUUACCUUCCAAUCCCUCUCUCUCCUCUCAUACUGUUUGUAGCAUGUCCACCAUCGAAGUUCUCCUGCUCUUCCUUCAUCCUCCUGGAAUUCAUCUACGUACCACUUUCAAUCUCUAUCUACCCAUCUUUCUCUCUCUUUCUCUCUCUCUCUCUUUCUCCCUUGUAAUGCUUCAACGCCUCCGUCGUCAUGUUGUUGUCACUCUUAAUUAUUGUAAUAUAUAAUGAAUAACGAUCACUGUUGAGUAUUGUCUGAUUGUAAUACAUUGAUAUUGAAUUGAUAUUGAAUUGAUAAUCAUUAAUUAAAAGCGUAACAUUAACUCUGUGGAUGUAGCCAUAUUGGUGUGCGUGAAAGUGAGCUGCGCGAAUGGAUGUGUGUUUGAUCGAGAGCCGAAAGCAUUGCCGAAGAGUCGCCGCACCGUUGAAUAAAGUUGUCCGAUCAACCUGUCAUUUCCUUCGUAUUUACGCACAAAUUGCCAAAUCACACCACAUUACCUGUAAAUCGGGCGACACAAGUCCGAUCUACAGAGUGCCUGAUCCUGGUAUGAUUUUACAUACUCUUGCGAAGGAUUAAGGAGUUAAUGGGAUUCGAAGCUGGGGUGUUCUUCGAGUUCAUUUAACGUGACGUUCUGUCAAUGCGUACGGCUGGUAGCGAAUGACGGUCCGACGUGUAUGCGCGUGUGCAUGUGUCCUGUGCGUCAAUUCAAUGUGCAGUUAUACGUGGAGAAAGUAUUUAUUGCUCAAAAAACAUCGGAAGACCGUGGUGGAAAGGUAAGGAAGCGGGUAAAAGAUAUGGAGUUGUUGGUAGGCUUACUGGAAAAGGAAUUGGGGGGAGGGUGGGAUGGAAAGUCGGAAGAAGGAACAGAGAAUCUACGCGGUGGCGAAGACACAUCGCCAGACAGGGUAAUAAUCGCGCGACAGGGAAAAGAGGUGGGAAAUGGUACAAUUAAUAAUGAUGGUAACGGGUCAACCGAACGAUCCGACAACCAACGGUUUCCCUCGAGGAUGAGGCGUGAUCGCGUACUCGCCCGCUGUUCCGCGCACAAGAGAACGGGGCGUGCGGUACCCUCCCCCGCGCACGCCGACUUCAAAUGG